ACACGCGGAUCGCAGCCAACCAGAGAACGGAAGAACACUGCUUGGGAUGUUGUUUUUCCAAAGCAGGCGACCUACUAAUAUCUCUCUCGAUUAGUUCCACAACUUCGUGCUAACUAACACCACAAUACAACAGCUUCAGAAACUGCAUUGUACCACUACUGAAUAACUCAUGAGUUCCCGAGUAUUAUUAUUGACGUCACUAAGAAUUUAGAAGCAGGAGAAUUCUGUGGAGAAAGAAAGAGAGGAGUGCAAGAUCAUGGAAAUAAAAACGGAAGUGGUCAACCAGAGGAAGCGACCAUUGACAUCGAUAGUGGGCACUUCCGCUGUCACUAGGGACACCCUGGUGGACUGUGCCGCUUGCCAGAAACCCAUCAGGGAGAGGUAUCUCCUGAAAGCUCUGGACCAGUUCUGGCACGAGGACUGCUUGAAAUGUGCCUGCUGUGACUGCCGUCUGGGGGAAGUGGGGUCCACACUCUUCACCAAGGCCAAUCUUAUACUCUGCAAAAGAGAUUAUCUUAGGCUCUUCGGUACGACAGGACUGUGUUCGGCCUGUAACAAAACCAUCCCUGCCUUCGAGAUGGUGAUGCGAGCUAGAGGCAACGUGUACCAUUUAGAGUGCUUUGCUUGCCAACAGUGCUAUCACAGGUUUUGCGUCGGUGAUCGCUUCUACUUGUUCGAAAACAAAGUUUUGUGUGAACUAGACUAUGAAGAACGAGUGUUACUCGCCUCUUUACCUUACGGCUCCUAUAACAGUCUUGACCAAAUACAAAGACAGACGGACAGUCUCAUUCCUUUAUCACCUGCCGUCGACGAUGCAUCCAGUGGCUAUGGAAGCCCUAGCUCCCUCAUCAGUGACGGUCACUAGUCGGUGGUCAGUUAAAACUUUUCAUGUCCGGACUUGAAAAAAAACAAUGGACAUGUUCAGUAACUGGCGAGAAACUAUUUGUUCUUUGGCACCACUUUGAGGCAUGCUUCAGGAGACGAAGUUUUUACUUUUCUCUGUUUGUGUUAAAUUUUUCAAAUAAGUGCAUCGUUGGAGCAUCUUUAUGAAGAGAAAUAUUGGAAAAUCAAUUUCAAAGUUUUCAUAGAUGAUUGAUUGUAAUCAAUGGCAAGUCGAUAAUAUGUUGAAACCACUAAUAAAUGACAAGAUCAUAUCUUAGGAUGAUAAGAAACAGUUCUUUCAAAACAGAGUCAUUCCCUUGGUGUAAUAGUUUUUUCAUAGAAUAUUCACUAUGAUGAAAGUUUUUUAGAUUAUUGAAUAAAACUAGUGAAAAAAUUUUCAUAGAUUACGACGAUAAAUAAUCUACGAUAGAAUUUUUCAUAAUAAAUUUUUGAUGAAUAGUAAUAAACGACAAAAUCCAUCAAUGAUUAUUGGUUAGAAUCAAUGAAGAUUCAGUAUUACGUAAAUCUUUGAAUGGCGCAACAUUAGUUUCUAUCUGUCUUGGGCUUUUAUAAUUUAUAUAAAGAUCUAAGAGACUUUAUUAAAUACAGUGACAUGGAAACAAAUAAUUGAGCAUUUCGUCUAAUAUCUAUUUUUACGUUGCCCUUUAUUUUCUCUCUGUUAUAUUCCUAAAUCAAACCGCACUUAUGGUACAUUUGACGAAUAUUUCUCUUGAAUAUAGAGUUACUUUAUUUAAAAAUUUUUAUGCUAAAUAUAAAAGUUUUAUUGAAUAGAACACCAAGAAUUACUAAAUUAGCUCAAAAUAUCAGUUACUUUUAAAUAUAUUAAGUCAAAAUUCUUACUUAUUGAACUAAAUGUAAUGAUACACUCUUUGGAGGAUGUAUUUCAUACUGUCUUCUUGGGUUGCCAUUGACUACAAUCAAAAAAUUAUAUCAGUACACUGAAGUUCAAAAUCUGUACUUUCUAUCCUCGUAAUAUAUUAAAUAAAUUCAUCUUUUAUUAAUAUCUUUCCUUUAUAUUUAUUUUAUCGUCUUUCUAUUAAUUCAUAGCUAGCAACCAUAUUAAAGAAUCUUUGAGUUAAGACUUGAAAUCGAAGUAAGUAAAUUGCGCAAUCCUUUUAUACAAUAGUCUUUCGAAUUUGAAGUCAUUUAAACUACUCCUUAGAGCAAUCAGUUGUAGCUAGUCAAAAAUUUGUGAGUAAUCCAAUUGCUAAAAGGAGUUGCAUCAGAGUAUUUUUAAUUUUCCAUUAAUCAUUCUUGCUUUUGCUGCAUAAAAAGUAUAUGUAGUUCUAAUGGAAGCUGAAAAGUGAUAGUUAACGAUUCAGAAAUUUAAUGUAUGAAUUCUAGAUCUUUUGGUAUAGGCAGUAUGUCUCAACGUAAAGAUGCUCCCAUGAACUAAUUUUUUAAAAAUCAUAUAAAUAAAAUGAUAGACAGAUGAAUAAAUAAUAGAGAAUAUAUCUGCAAAGCAUCGUUUGAAAACUGAACAUUUUAUAUUUUCAACUCUUCGGUCCCGAAGGACUAUGAUGAAGCCUAGAGCAUUUCUUAGAUGAAAAAAGAUGACAUAGGUAAUAUUCACUGACAGUCAGUUCCUGCUCUGAAUUUCAUAAACUACUUUUUAGAGAUGAACAGACAAUAAAAACUGUGGAAAUGAAGAUUAUGGUGCAAAUUUCAAAAUCAAUUAUAUAUUUGUUGAUUUACGAGUUGCAAGAAAUCGUAGAAUUGCAAUGACGUGUACAUCGUGCAAUUAAAAGUUACAUUGAAGCUGUAAUCAUAACAUAUUCAAGUAUUUUGAUGGCAGUGGCUUUAUUUGUAAUUUAUUUAUAUUUGUUAAAAUAUUUUUGUUAAAAAAGUCCUUCAAGAAGUCAUACAGGAUCAUUUGAUAAAAUUCCGCUUUCAUCAUCAAGAAUUUGUUUUCCAGAUUUCUAAAAAGAAAUUUCAACUGUGCAAACUUUGGUAAAAAAUAUGUGAAGCAUUGCUUCGACCAAUGACAGAACUUUCUGAUAUGGCUACUUGAAGGACAGAUAUCACGACGUAGUUUAUUUAAAAUAAUUAUUUGUAUUAAUUCAUGAUGAUAUUAAUUGGUUGUAAAAUGUUUGUUAUAUUUAUUUAGAGUUAAUUUGAGAUACAUUUUAAAGUCAUUAAUUGUUUUUUAUAUAUAAAAUCAAAUUAUUAUUUCUAUUUAUAAUGCACUAAUGAUUAAUAAUUUUAUUGACUAAAAAUUAAUGUCAUCGAGAGAAAGAUUAAAAAUUUGAUUGAUAGAUUGAUUAAAAUCAAUUGAUUAAAAAAAUCGAUAAAAAAUCGAUUAAAAAUUCGAUGAUUUUAUUACAAUUGAAAUUUUUUUCAACUUGAUCAAAAUUUCCACGAAAUAAUAGAAAUAGUCUCGCUAAAUUACCAUCAUCUAUUUACAUUCUAUUUUAUAUAAAGAAGUAGAAACUUGUGUAUUGAAAUUAUAUUGUUAAUUAAUUAGAAAUUAAUAAGAAAUUAAUUGCUAUCAGUAUUGUUUAUUUACAACAUUUCACUGACUUAUAUUGAUGACAAAUAAUUAUUUUUUCGAAAUAGUGCUGUGGAUUUUCUUUCAAAAUUCUUAGUUCUUCUAUUUUAAUUACCACACAAUUGGUUUAUCAUAAGGAUUAGCACAAGCAUAGGCAUUUUUUUUUUAGCUAGAAAAGCCUUCGGUAUCACUAUAUUUAUUAAAAGUGUAAGGUAUCGGCCGCUUCAACAUGAAGUUUAUAUUUGUGCUGUUUUCCAUAAUAUAAUAAUGUAUUGGCGAUCGUAAACUUUUAAACUAAGUUUGACAAAAUAGCGAUAAAGUAAAUGAGUGCAUUUACAAGUGAAGAUGAAAAUUAUUGAUAAUCUAACAAUAAGAUUACAUUCGAUUGAAAAAACUAAAAAAUAGGCCUGGCGUAUUUUCGCAGAAACACGGAUUCAGCUUUUUCGGAAUCGAAUUUUAUCAUUCUUGGGAUCGAUUAAAAUUCUUUUAUAUAAUAAUUCCGCACUAUUUUUUUUUUAAUAUUUCAAGAAAUUUGUAUAAAUUUAUUGAUUUUAUUGCUGCAAUAAUUAUAAUUAUUUACUUCUCAGCGUUUAUAUGUGACACAAUUCAUUAUUUUAUUAAGAUCAGCUUUCUUUGUUUCAAAUCUAUGUCAUGUGUGAGAAAAGAAUUUAAUUAUAUUAUUGUAAUUUUAAGAAUUAAAAAAAAUGGAGUGGCACUUCAUAAUCUUUGCAGUGCCACAAGGAAUUUAAAAUCAAAUAUUCUACGCCACAGCAUACAGCACUUAAUGAUGGAAUGUCCUAUAUGCCCAUAUGCCAUUUUAUAAUGAUAGGCGUUUGGCAACAUUUUGAAUCGUGAGUUUGAGAUCUAUUUCCACCGAAAAUCCCUUGUCUAUAUAAGUUUGGUGUACCUGUUUUCGAGAACCAAACAUUCAAAAGCUGGGCAUUUGCGACAUUUUAAAUCCUGAAUUUGCGACCUAUUUUUACCGAAAGUCUCCUGUGUAUAUAAGUUUGGUUCACACAGUACCUGUUAUCGGGAACCAAACAUUCAAAAGUGGGCAUAAUUUUAAAGUUAGAAUACUGAAUACCAAUUUAUAUGCCUUUCUUAUAAUCUGAUCAUAUUUCGUCUCAAAAUUGCCUUCAAAAUGGGCAUAAAUCAAAUAAAAACAUGGCAUCAUUUGGCACUCAGUCUUUCACCUGAUUCUUGAAUUCCUGCGUUUUGUAUCUAUCUCAGAAUAAUGAUCAAUGGAGUUAGGCACUGAUGUGGAUGCUAAUUAUAAGUCUACUAUAUGUUUUUUUAAUUUUUCCUUCCUUAUAGUAUAAGCACACUAUCGGUUGGUUUGAAUUGCGAAUCAAUUGUAAUAAUUGUGUCAUUUGAAUGAUUAAAAAAUUGCCACGUUUUUGUCAAUACAAGUUAUUUUUUCACUUGAUUUAAAAUGUGAAAAAUGUUUACGAUCGUCCUGUUUAACCAGUUCGUUUUUACAAAAUUUUAUUAAUUGAUUUACGUUAUUUGAAAUACGUAGCUUAUUUUUGCACCUCAAAGGAUAUUUUUUCCUCGAAGAAUUUAUUUAUUUAUUCCACUAAUUCAAUAGAUGUAAGAAAAUGUAAUAAAAUUGUGCAAUAUACAUAUUUUUUUAUUUAAUGAUGUUGUCGAAAACUUAUAAUUAAGUUAGAUAUUUUCUGAUUAAGUGCUGUUAUGUCAUUUAGAGUCUGCUUUUUCUGUGAAUGCUUGCUGGAGAAAGCUUCACACUGAUAUAUUAGUCAGUAUCAGUGCAUUUAUUUACGGAGAAGAAUGUUUUAAAUAAUGGACACUGCAUUCGUGUAAUGUUGUUAAUGCCUUUAAGACAGUGGUAGUGGCUGACAUUAAAAUCAUAGUUCGGAUUAAAGUAAAGUUUGUGUUAAUACUAAGCUUUUAAAUGUAUGUUAUAUUUUUACAUUAUAAGUUUCUUUUAGUAAUGUACUGAAAAUUUACUGGUAUAAGUUGUUAAUUUAUAAUAAAGCCAAUAGAAAUGUAUCGAUAAUUGGAAAACAUUUAUUAAAGAUAUUUCUUAAUCAACUGAUUGAAAUCUUUUGAUGACUUAAAUUUUUUAGUGAGGAUAGGAAUUUAUAAUUUAAUUGAAUAAUAAUUAAAAUAUUCACAAAAAUAUAACGUUUCCUGUCAAAAAAUGCGGGAAGUGAAGGCUUGUAUUGAUUUAAAAUAUAUUUGCUCUUUACAAAAGGAGAAUGCUUUAAGGGAUUCUGUCUUUGUUUUUAUUAUUUAUUAAAAAAAAAAAAAAAAAAAAAAAAAAGAUAUUUUUGGAAGUUACUUUCCUGACCUCCGAGAUCUAAAAAAUGUUUCUAUGAGAUUUCAUUGAGUUAAAUUGCUCAGCAAUAAUUUACUAACUUUUAAAAUAAUAUUAAACACAGGAUAAGAGAUCGAUUAUUGUUUUAAUGCUUGCAGAAUCAUUAAUAGUUUUCCCAGUAAAUAUUAUAAAUCAGAAAAAAAGGUACGAAAUGGCUUUUAUGAAACUUAAAUAAUUAAUAUAAUUAAAAUUUUUAGUUACUUUAAUCCUAUUUUAUCAUAACUUUCGAAACCUGUGGCUUUGCGAUCUUUUAUGCCAAUUAUAUUGAUAUUUUUGUGAAAAUUUAAAACUGCAAAAAAUUAUCAGUUUAAUGUUUAAAAAUAAUAACGUUAUGCAUUUUUCAGUAUUAGUUUUUUCAUUGGUUUAUAUACAGUAUUUAAUAAAAUUCUUGUGAAUAUGAUUGUUUAAACUAUGUUUCUAAUGUUCUGCUACUUCUGUCUAUUUGUACAAAGCUAUAUUGAAAAAUAAAAAAAAGUAAUAAUGCUGUAAAGUAGAUCUCUUGGAAGUGGACAUGUAUAUAUAUUUGAUGGUCAUGUGUAAUAAAAUAUGACU